AUGAAUUAAAAUCAAGAGAUUGGGUUUCUAUUACCAGACGGGACCACUUAAAAUAUUAAAAUUCAAAACAAUAACAUAGUUUUUUAUAGAAGUAUUUCAAAAUGUAAAAUUUUCUUUUUAUUUUAGAGUUGAGAUUAAAUUGUCCCGAAGAAUUUGUUGCAGUAUGUGAUUUAAAGAAAAACGAACUGAUUAGCAAAUUCAUUCAUAGGUAUUUUCUUCAUCUCAUACAAAAGGUUGGAACCAAAUUGCAUUUAUAAAUUAUUCAAUAUGUAAUAAGCAUUUGCCAUAAUCUAACAUAAAGACUAAGAAAUAAAAGAAUAAAAAGAAGAAUGUACAAAAUUAAGUAAGAGAGCCAAGGAAGAAAACGAUGAUAUUAAAGCUAGAUUAGAUUAAGAAGUGAAGAAUUUAGAAGCAACUAAAACUCAAUCAGAUAAAAAAAUUAAUGAUCUUAAUUAAAAAAUAAAUGAACUUAAUUAGAAAAUAAAAGAAAUCGAUCCAAAACUAUCAGAAGCACAAAAUAAAAUAAAGGAAUAAUUAUAAGAUUUAGAACGGGCAAGGUAUGAUUUAAAAUAAGCAAAUUCAAAGCAAGAAGUUUGGAAGCAAGAUAUGGAAAAUAAAUCGAUAGCAAAAGAUGCUAAAAUUUAAGAAUUAACAAAUUAGUGUAUGCAAUAAGAUGCUUACAUUUAAAGUUUGAUCAAUUAAUUGAAGUAAGAAAGAAUGAAUGUUGCUUAAGUUUAAGAAGCUUGCAAUACCAAAUUUUUGGCAUAGAUGUAAUAAUGGCAAUAAUACUUUGUUUAAUUAGACUCUGAAAAAAAAUAAAGAGAAAUUGAAACUUAAGAAAUAAUUAGAAAAAAAUAAGAUUUAGAGGCAGAAGUGAAGAAAUUAAAAAAGAAGUUAGAGGAUGAGGAAUCUAAUAAGAAGUCGGAAAUAGAUUCAUUAUAAAAUGAAAAAUAGAAUUUAAGUUAAUAAAUUUAUAGAUUAAGAAGUUAGAUAACUGAAACAGAGACUAAAUCUGCAUAACAAAAGCGAUAAUUAGAAGAUGAAAAAUCACAAGAAAUUGCUUCAUUAAAAGAUCAAUUGGAUAGAGCCAAUAAUAAAUAGAAAAAUUUAGAAAAAAAAUACAGAUAGUAUAAUGAUGAAAUGGAAAGAGAAAUUUAGUAAAAAUAGAACAAUGGGUAAGUGAAGGAAGAAGAGAUCCAAUUGUUAUUAAGAUAAAUUCAAGAAGAAAAAGAUUAAAAUGAAAAAUUAAGUGACGAAAUUGAGGUGCUUUAAAAAAAAAAUACUGAUUUAUCAUAGAAUCUAAAUAAUCGCAACAAUCUUUAUAGAGAUUUAGAUUUUAAAGCAAGUAAUCUAGAAGAAAAAUUGAAAUCUGUCUAGGAUGAGUCAAAAAGAGAGUUGACCUAAAAAAAUGAGAAAAUAGAAGAAUUAAAGGUAGAAUAUUAGAACAUUUUAAAUAAAAAAGAUCAAGAACUCUAGGGAUUCAUCAAGAAGCAAGAAGAAGUUGAAGAAGAUUUAAAAAAAAAAAUAAAGAAUUUAUAAAAGGAAAUUGAAAAAUUAUAAGAAGAUUUGGCCAAAAUAAUGAAAGAGAAACGAGAAAUCGAAGAAGAUGCAGUCAAAGAAAGAUAGAAUCUUUAAAAAUAGAUUGGUGAAGCCGAUAUAAUGAUGUUAUAGAAAGAUUAAGAACUUGUAGCAAUAUAGAAUUCAGCUGCUGUGCCUGCUUAUUAAUUUAGAAUAUAACGAUUGGUAGAAUAAGUGCCAAGAGAAUACAAUAAAGAUAUAGAAUUUGCAAUAGAGACUAUGAUGUUGGACAAAGUAAAUCCAGAGGCUUUUCUAAAAACUAAUUAAGCAUAAUGUGUAGAGCUAAAUUUUAAGUUGAAUCAUGUUCAGAUAUUAAAAGCAAAAGCAGAUAAAACCCUAUAUAAUAUCAGUGAUUAGGAUUACAGGUAAUGUGUAAAGAUUGUUCCUAUUGGAAAUAUGACAGGUAUUCAAUGUUUCGCUCCUGUUAAGUCAAGCGAUACAUCUUUAGAUCGAUAUUUCUUUUUGAAAUGCUUAAAAUGUGCUGAGAAAAAACAAUUUGAAGGCAAAAUCUUCGGCAUAAAGCAAUUUAAAAAAUAAGACCUUGAGGAUUUAGAGACACUAGAAACAGCAACUGACAAUUGUAUGUCUACAGUCAUUGCUUAAGAAUUCAUGAGACAAUUUGUAUAAGAAUUAACUGAAAAAAAGGUGAAAGUAGAAUUUGACUUCAAAUUUAAAGAUUAAUUUAUUAUUGAAGCAAAAAAGGAUUUUAAGCAAUAUUUAUAAGAAUCAAUUAAAGGGUAAUAACUUGUGCUUUAAAAUGAAGGCAUUAAAAAUUAUGUAGAAUUUGUAGAAGCUUUGGAUGGCGAGUAAUCCAAUGAAUUUUACGAUUAUACUAGAGAAUACUAGUUGGAUAAAAAGCAACCUAGAGAUGGAAACAUUAUUUUAGCAUUUUUGGAAUUUCACAAAGAAAAGAAACUUCAGGACAUCUAUAAAAAGUUUAACCCAGAAACCAUUAGAAAACAGUUGGGCCAUUUUAUUGAUUUUAUAGGAGGAAAUAUGAAAGAAAUGCCAUAAAAACUUGUAAUAUUGAUUUAUAUUAAAAUAGUGUUAUGCCAUUUAGGAAAUCGAAGUAUAACCAGAUUUCAUUAAAUACAAUGGAGGACAUUUGAAAUUUAAUGAUAGUCCUUAGGGUAAAUUCUUAUCUGCGUUCACAUAUUAUUCCAUUGUCAAGAGUUAAAGAUAGCUUUGCAUUUCUCAUAUGUAAGGAGCAAAGAAUCAGUUAUAUGAUCCUAUGGUUUCAACUUACGAUGGCUUUUUGGAUAAAAUGGAUUAAGGAUAUAAUGAAAUAAGAACUAUUGAAUCUAAGUUUUUAUCUGAACCCAACCUUAACAAAGGAAUAGACUUUUUGAAAGCAUUAGGUAUAAAGUGGAAUUGA